CAACUCCCAACUCCUUCGCAGUCUGUCCAAUUGUCCGUUCUCGCCCUUUUUAAACACGCAAAGAAACUGCCACUCUGAGCCAUUUUCCCACACCAUCUCAUAUCCAGCACAACUGGAGCGAUUCCCAUCCUCUGAAUCUGAAAUUUCAUUCCAUUCUAGGGUUUAACACCACCACCAUGUCCAAUUUCCUCUCGAUUGCCCCAAACUUGGUGCUCUCGCCAUUUCCCGACCGAACCAAGCCUGGAAAUUCACUUCUCCAUCGAACCCAGUUUCUUGGUUCAUCGAGCCAGAGGCCCUUCCUUCGCGGCACUCUAGCUGUGGCCAGGUUCGAGUUGAAUCGGGCGCCGUUUCUCGAUCCUGAUGGUGCGGAGGCCCUGCUUCGGGGCGUUCUUGGGCGAGCCGAAGGAUUGCUCUUCACGAUUGCCGAUGCUACCGUCUCCUCAUCGUCGCCGGCGGCUUCGGAUGCGGCCACGAGCGUUAAGCAGAGUGGCGAUUGGCUCUCUGGGAUUACUUAUUACAUGGAAAGUGUUCUUAAGGUUUUGAAGGAUGGAUUGUCUGCUUUACACAUUCCUUAUUCUUAUGGUUUCGCCAUUAUUCUCCUAACUGUGCUUGUUAAGGCUGCCACCUUUCCAUUGACAAAGAAACAGGUGGAAUCUGCAAUGGCAAUGAGAUCCCUGCAACCUCAAAUAAAGGCUAUUCAGCAACGGUACGCGGGAGAUCAGGAGAGGAUCCAGCUCGAAACUGCUCGGUUAUAUAAACUAGCUGGCAUAAAUCCACUGGCAGGAUGUCUGCCAACUCUAGCCACCAUACCAGUCUGGAUUGGGCUUUAUAGGGCCCUAUCAAAUGUCGCAAAUGAGGGACUCCUGACAGAAGGCUUCUUCUGGAUACCCUCCCUAGCUGGCCCAACAACAAUUGCUUCUCGACAAAAUGGAAGUGGCAUCUCUUGGCUUUUUCCCUUUGUAGAUGGUCAUCCUCCCCUUGGAUGGUCAGAUACAUUGGCAUAUCUUGUAUUGCCUGUGUUACUGGUUCUCUCACAGUACAUCUCUGUCCAAAUCAUGCAGUCAUCACAGGGUAAUGAUCCAAACUUGAAGAGUUCUCAAGCUAUUACGAAAUUUCUGCCCUUAAUGAUUGGUUACUUUGCUCUUUCAGUUCCUUCUGGGUUAAGCCUUUAUUGGUUCACAAAUAACAUAUUGAGCACAGCACAACAGGUCUUCCUCCAAAAACUGGGCGUGGCCAACAAUCCCAUCAGUAAGAUUGGUGAUAAUAUUAUCAAGGAGAAGCAAUCCCAAAUUCAGGAGUCUGUCUUUGAAACAAGCACCACUAAGGUGGCUGGCGAGGGAAAGGUGAAUAAAGACGGAAUUCGUCCUGGGGAAAGGUUUAAACAAAUAAAGGAACAAGAGGCAAGAAGAAGACAGCAGAGAGAGGCAGAACAGAGGAAAGCUGAACAAGCAACAGCUAAUGUCACUCAGAUGACUAAUGGGGGACUUAAGAAAGAAGCUAAUUCAGUUCAGAGGGAAAGUGGAUCUGGGGCUGAGUCAAGCGAUUCUAGGAAUGGGAGUGGAAACUCCAUGACUGGGAUUACCAAUUUGUCCAAUACCAGGCAUCAAGUUAAUGGUGAGCUUUCAACUGUGGAAUCAAAGGAAGAUGGAAGUACUUCUAUUCUUGAGGUGGAAAGCAUUGAUCUUUCUGUGAAGCUCGAGCAUGGGAGAGGUGAUCAAAAUCCCCAAGAGCCUCCAGAGAAGGAAGAAGCAGUCGCAUCCAUAGGCAAGGUGGAUGACAAGCUUUCUGGUGAAGAUGUAGGCCAAGACAGAAGUGAGUAAGCCAUAGAAAUAGAAGUCGGCUCUUCCUGUUGGAACACAUUUACAAGUUCACUCGCUGGCAAGUAUAUGUAGUUAAUUUUAUACCGAUUGAUGCAAUAGUAUGCAAGCAACUUGAAAUGGAUCCCUGCAAUGGCAGAACCCCCUAGUUUAAGUCAACUUCUGAGGAUUAGCAAACAAUUAGAAUGGAGCAUGUUCUUUGCGGUCAGUGGGUUGCAGGAUUAUCUGGUAAAUUAUCGUCAACGUGGACGGAUAUUGGGGUUAGUGAAGUUUUGAAGGGAGUUUCUUGUAAUUGUAAGUUGAGAAUAAUGUAAAAAGUGCCAUCACCAAGGCUCUCUAGUUUGAUUUCUGAACCCUUGAUUUACUUGUAUGAUUGACAAUAAAACCUAGUUAUUUAUGCUGGAAGAAAGUUGUAAUGAAAUUUCUGGUUGAGAACA